AAAAUUUCCUGAAAAUGCUCUCUCUAGGCCCGAAAAAGGACGGCGGACCGAACGUUAAGUUCUUUGAGUCCGCUGAGAUUCUCGCACAGCUCGAUGGAGUUAAACAGUGGCUUCUGAAAAACUGCAAAAAGUAUGUACAAACGGAUCCACCAACCAAUAAGAGUUUAUCCACUUUAAUUAUACAACUACUACAGUUUCAAGAAGAUAAUCUGGGAAAGAAUGUUGCGAAACCUCCGAUGACGAGACUUCCUGUGAAAUGCUUCCUAGACUUUAAGCCUGGAGGAGGCUUAUGUCAAAUUUUAGCAACUGCCUAUCGAUUUAAGCAUGAACAAGGGUGGCGACGAUUUGAUUUCCCAGUUGGCAAAUCAGGUACACGAAUGGACCGUGUUGUAGAAAUGUUAAUGGCGGCAGAACGUUCAUUAAUCCAAAAUCGAUGUAUGACCGUACCUUGUAUCCAUGUGAAGUCCGAUGUUGACAAAGCAACUGCUACAAAAGUAAAAGAAGCAAUUCGCCGACAUCAAGGAACAGUAGCGGAAAAUGAAGCAGAUGCAACGCAUAUUAUUUAUCCACUAGUAGACCCUAUGGAGGAGGAAUAUGCACGACCUUGCAUGCGACGAGAUAGAUCUGUUUUGCUUCAUUGGUAUUACUUUCCUGAUAGUUACGACUCAUGGACGAGCCUCGAUCUUCCAUGGGAUUUCCCAGAAGGCAAUAUUGCUAACGCCAGUCCAAGAGCUACGUACAAAGUAUCGGCUACCUGGGCAUUGGAUCUUGAUCAGUACAAUGAAUGGAUGAAUGAAGAAGAUUACGAAGUGGAUGAAAGUGGUCAAAAGAAAGUUCAUAAAUUCAGACUUUCCGUGGAAGAUCUUAUGGCCCAACCAUCUCAUCCACCGCCUUCAGCUGCAAAGAAACAGAAAAGAAAAAGGUCUCCAAGUCCUUUACCAAAACUUGGAAAGCGAAAGAGUGGAAGAGGACCAUCAGGAGUUCAGGGUACGUCUUCAUCAUCGUCGUCAUCUGCAACUCCUAAAAAGUCUCGUGCCGCAGGAGAAGAAGAAGAAGAUCUGACACAAGGAAUGGAAGAUCCACCGGCAGAGCCAAGAAUUGUAGAGGUUGUCGCAACUCCUACAAAUGCACCUCUUGCCGGUCAAGGUAGUGGUUCUACGGGAAGUACCUCUUUAACAUCUACAGGGAGUAAGAAGCAAGACAGCGAACUACAACCACUUAAGUCUGGAAAUAUGGCUGACUUGGAUGAACCAUUAGAAGGUGACAAAGGCAGUGCACAAGGGAAUCAAGAUAGAGAAGAAAGGGAUACGAGUAAAGAAAGAGGGGAAGGAGGAAAAGGAGACGAACCAGAGGAUAAUGUCACGGAACAAACUCAUCACAUUGUUGUGCCAAGUUAUUCGGCUUGGUUCGACUACAAUUCGAUACACACCAUUGAAAAACGUGCUCUUUCCGAAUUCUUCAAUGGCAAAAACAAAUCUAAAACUCCAGAGAUUUAUCUAGCUUAUAGAAAUUUUAUGAUCGAUACGUACAGAUUGAAUCCUACGGAGUACAUCACUUCGACAGCCUGCAGGCGCAAUUUGGCUGGCGAUGUUUGUGCAAUUAUGCGCGUCCAUGCAUUUUUGGAGCAGUGGGGUUUGAUUAAUUAUCAAGUAGACGCAGAGUCUAGACCAACUCCUAUGGGUCCUCCACCAACAUCACAUUUCCAUGUUUUGUCCGAUACUCCAUCUGGUCUAGCACCGGUUAAUCCAAACCCACCGAAGACUCCUCAGCCAUCCGCAGCGAAGACUUUACUAGAUCUGGAAAAGAAACCAAGUGCACCGAAUAUUCUUGCACCCGAGGAAAAGAGCGCAGCUGGACCGAUGGCAAACUUUGGCCUAAAGAUCGAUCAGUAUUCAAGGAAGCCAGCCGUCCUGAAAAAUAAACAAGCAGCUGGAGCCACUCGAGAUUGGACGGAACAAGAGACUCUCUUGUUAUUGGAAGGUCUAGAGCUUCAUAAAGAUGAUUGGAAUAAAGUGUGCGAACAUGUUGGCUCGAGGACACAAGAUGAGUGCAUUUUGCAUUUCUUACGAUUACCAAUCGAAGACCCAUACCUCGAAGAAGGUGGACCGGAAGGCUUGGGCCCAUUGGCCUACCAACCAAUUCCUUUCUCGAAAGCUGGAAACCCUGUUAUGAGUACUGUGGCUUUCCUCGCUUCUGUCGUGGAUCCUCGAGUCGCAGCAAGUGCAGCGAAAGCAGCCAUGGAAGAGUUCGCAGCUAUUAAAGAUCAAGUACCUACUAUUCUACUGGACCAACAUUUAAGGAACGUUCAAGCUAGCGCUAAUUCUGACGGGAAAUUUGACCCAGCGGCUGGUCUGGCUGAAUCUGGAAUUGCGGGGACGGGAUCACCGGAAAUGCCGGAAGAUCCUGCGGCAUCUGCAGCUCCGAGCACUGGUCCUUCGACGGCAGCUACCUCGCCGCAUUCUGUGUCGGCAGCGGAAGCUAAGAAAGAAGAACAGCCGGAGAAACCAAAGGAAAGCCCGGAGAACCCGCAACCCCCGCAGACUCCGAAGAAGGAAGACACUGCGGACGGAGAGAGGGAACAGCCGGAAAAGAUGGAAGUCGAUUUGAAGGAAAGCGAAGGCGAAACCAAGCCUAAAGUGACAGACGGGGCAGAGGACACGGAAGCGAAAGAGAAGAAGGAGAAGGUGGUGAAAGAUGCCCAGCUGCAGUCAGCGGCGGCAGCAGCCUUGGCCGCUGCGGCAGUCAAGGCGAAGCAUUUAGCGGCUGUGGAAGAGCGCAAGAUAAAAUCCUUGGUUGCUCUUCUGGUGGAAACCCAGAUGAAGAAGUUAGAGAUCAAGCUCCGACAUUUCGAGGAACUGGAGACUACGAUGGAACGGGAACGCGAGGGACUCGAGUACCAAAGGCAACAGCUGAUCACGGAGAGGCAACAGUUCCACUUGGAGCAGCUCAAGGCUGCCGAAUUUAGGGCUAGGCAGCAGGCUCAUCAACGACUCGCCCAGGAACAACAGCAGCAGCAACAGCAGAAUCAACAGCAUCCUCCUUGGCAACCGAGUGCCCAACAGCAACAGCAGCAACCUCCGAGUCCUCAGGCUCAAGCCCAACAACCUCCACCGCACACUCCUCCUCAACAGGCGUAAAACUUUAUCGUGGUUUAUUUGUGUACAGAGCAACUUCUGUGGUGCCCGCACAGGACGUUCCGUAAUGGUUGCACGAGAUUCUCAGAGGCAACCCGCGCUUCGUACCGAUCAGCUGAGAGAUACAUUUUUCGGGGAAUCUUGGAAAAAGGUGAUCUAGAAUGCCGCAGUCCGUCAGUAUUUCUUUUAGGAUUUGUACAAGGGAAAAACUAACGACAGUUUUCUUGGCGAGUGUUUCUUUUGCUUCAACAACUGCGUAUAAAAUGAGUACUAGAGCUAGGCCGGUUUUUUUGCACAUAGACGGUAAAGGCGCCUCGAAGUAAUGGACGUUCCUUGUUCGUCAAAUCUAUACGAAUACAUUUUUUGUUCCAUCAUAUUUUUUACGAAGCCGUGUCAUAGACAAAUAUACCGCCGAUGAGAAGUGUAUUCCUGAACGAGGAAUGGACAUUCCUGCGGGGAACUUCUACAAGGAGGCAACACAUUAAUUUGAGCGUAUUGCCCGACAUCGAUAGGUGGUGUUAAUAUAAAGGAAUAUUUGCUUUUGCUUCGAGUAUCAGUAUAUUUUUUACAUAGUAUUUUCCUCGGGGUACAGGAGAUUUAUGUAUACUAAAUUAAAAAUUGCAAAUACUAUGAGGCAUUUGCUAAUACUGAAAGGAAAAGUAUAUUUGUUUCUAUUAAUACUGUCCAGUGAAAUGUAGAAAUACAUUGAUUUAAUUUUGUAAGAAUGUUGUGCUGCAGAGAUAGUAAUAGUAUCGAUAAGAACACGGCUCUACAUUUUUGAUAGAUCGACUGAUGAAGUUCUGACCGCCUGUUCCUCUUUCGAUCGCUAUAAGAACAUCUCGCGAAGGAUGCGGAAAGUAGCGAUCAAUGUUCCGGCUGUACAAAGGUGAGACGGUUCCACGAACAUGACAGGGAUCAUUUUUAAAUUAAUCCUCAGCAAUUAAAAUUAACUCCGGGAUUCGACAGAAGGAAACGAGCGAUUAUUUCCUUCGGGCAUGUAUUUAUAAGAGCCCGUUUCGAGGAUAUCCAAAGGGCUGCAACGUCUCAUUUAAUUAUUGUCCAGGCUUUUGUGUAACAUCCUAAGGGAGACUAAGUCUUUCUUCGGAUAAACGGAGGGCGUUUAAAAGACCAAUGGCUACUGUAAAACCUCCGUUUCCUUAGGCACAGUGUAUUAUUCCAUUAUUAGUAGGUUUAGAAUUUCUUAUAAAAAUCAACGAGAGAGAAAGAGAGAGAGAGAGAGCAUUAAAUAAGGGUGGAUUUUAUUGUAAUGAUUCAACUUUAAAGAGCUGAAAGAGAUAGCGUUCAUGCUCGGCGUUACACGUAACUCUGGAUCGCGUUUCGACCUACAUCCACAGACCUUGCGUCCUCAUUAUAAUUCACGUAUUGUAACCGACUCAUGUUCUUUGUGUACAAUACACUAUUACGAAAGUAAAACGUCCGAUUACUCGCCGGAAUUUCUCCAAACGCGUUGUCGCUCUUCUCGGUAUCCUAAGGCGAUGAUUAAUAUUAGGCUCGCGAUCAUGUU